AUGCGUACGAAACUUGAUGGAAGAAUUCGGACUUUGAUUGAAAACAAUGUUGCCACUGGGCAUCGAAGUUGUUUUGCACUAAUUGGAGACAAAGCAAGAUACCAAGUCCCAAUUAUAUAUCAUAUUUUGUCAAAAUCCGUAGUUGCCGCGCGUCCAAAUGUUUUGUGGUGUUACAAAAAGGAGUUGGGCUUCUCGAGUCAUCACCAGAAACGGGUGAAGAAAAUAAAGAAAACGAGCUCGACGAUUUCUGGAAAUGUUCUCGAUGCUGACCCGUUUGAUACAUUUAUCGCGUCGACACAAAUUCGUUAUUGUUACUAUAACGAGUCGCACAAAAUUCUUGGAAACACUUAUGGAAUGCUCGUUCUUCAGGAUUUCGAAGCAUUGACGCCAAAUCUGUUGGCGAGAAGCAUUGAAACAAUUGAAGGAGGUGGUGUGGUCAUUUUAUUGAUGCAAAGCGUUAAGUCCUUAAGGCAAAUUUAUACAAUCACUAUGGAUGUUCAUAAUCGAUAUCGAACCGAAGCUCAUAACGAGAUUAUUGCACGAUUUAAUGAACGAUUUAUCCUUUCUCUGGCCAGUUGCUCGUCAAUUCUGGUUCUCGAUGAUCAACUGCGCGUUUUGCCAAUUUCCUCUCACAUUGAAAAAAUGGAGCCAUUAACCGCUAGUCAAAAAAAAGCGCAAAGUGAAAAUGAAGCAGAAUUGGCGAGUCUUAAAGAAGCUAUGAAGGACACAAAACCAAUUGGGCCUCUAUUAAGCAAAUGCAAAACCGCUUGUCAGGCGAAAGCUCUUCUUAGAUUUCUCGAUGCUAUUACUGAAAAACAGAGUAAUUUGACAUGUUCGCUAACAGCUGCUCGUGGUCGCGGUAAAUCAGCCGCGAUUGGUCUUUCAAUUGCUGGCGCAAUUGCUUUCGGUUAUACCAACAUCUUCGUGACAUCUCCAACUCCUGAAAAUUUGAAGACACUUUUUGAGUUCAUCGUAAAAGGAUUUGACGUGCUCGAUUAUCAAGAACAUACUGACUAUGAGCUGAUACAAUCUUCGAAUCCAGAUUUUGGGAAAUGCCUCGUUCGUAUCAACAUCUUCCGAGAUCAUAGGCAAACCAUUCAGUAUAUUAAUCCAACUGAUGCUGCAAGUCUCGGACAAGCUGAGCUGGUGGUCAUCGACGAGGCCGCUGCCAUUCCGCUGCCAAUUGUCAAGGAGUUGAUUUCGGGGCCUUACAUGGUGUUCCUUGCAUCUACAAUUAAUGGAUAUGAAGGAACUGGGCGGAGUUUGUCGCUGAAAUUGUUGCAGCAGUUGAGAAAACAAUCGGCUGGAGAGACUGGAGAAGGAAAAACGACGGCUAGCAAAGGAAGAAUUUUGCAUGAAAUUCAAAUGGAGGAGAGUAUUCGCUAUAAACCGGGUGAUCAAAUCGAAAAAUGGCUCAACAAAUUGUUGUGUCUUGAUUCGAUGAAUAAUUUACCAAAGUUGGAUUGUGGAACUCCCCCACCUGCCGAUUGCGAAUUGUACAUCGUCAAUCGAGAUACUCUCUUCUCAUUUCAUGACGCUUCUGAGGCAUUCCUACAACAAAUUAUGGCGAUUUUUGUGUCUGCUCACUACAAAAACACGCCCAAUGAUUUACAGAUGCUCAGCGAUGCGCCCGCUCAUAAUUUGUUCGUUCUUAUGGCACCAGUGAAAAAAACGAAAAAAUCGAUUCCGGAGGUUUUGGCUGUCGUCCAAGUGUGCCUUGAAGGAAAAAUCACGAAUGUUGAAGAUAGUUUAGAGCGCGGAAAACGUGCCGCCGGAGACUUGUUGCCAUGGACAAUUUCUCAACAAUUUUUGGAUAACGAAUUCGGAUCUUUGUGUGGAGGACGAAUUGUUCGAGUGGCGGUUCACCCAGACUAUCAGAGUAUGGGAUACGGUAGCCGUGCAGUCGAAUUGAUCCAGGAGUAUUAUAUGGGACAUGUGACAUCACUUAGUGAGAAUGAAGUGAAGAAAACGGCAAUCAAGCAAGUCAAGGAUGGGCAUACUGUUGAAUUGCUCGAAGAACGCAUCGAACCCCGUGCAGAUCUUCCUCCGCUGUUGAUGAGACUCGAGGAAAGAAAACCGGAAAAGCUUGAUUAUUUGGGUGUCUCAUUUGGUCUUACUGUUCCACUUUUGAAAUUCUGGAAACGAGCUGAAUUCGUUCCUGUCUACAUUCGUCAAACUUCCAAUGAUAUCACCGGAGAGCACACUUGCAUUAUGCUCAAAGCUUUGGACGAUGGAGAUGAUGAUGAUGAAGAGUCGAAAUGGCUUCCUGUCUAUUGGACGGAAUUCCGUGAUAAGCUCAUCGAACUUCUUUCUUUUGAAUUCAAACAUUUUUCUGUUCAAUUGGCUCUUUCAUUGCUUCAGUUGAAGAAUAAACAAGUAGAGAAAGGAUUGAAAAGAAAUCCUAUUGAUCGCCAAGAGUUGAGUCGAUUGCUCACAAACAAAAAGCUUCGCCGCUUGUCGUUGUAUGGAAGAAAUAUGAUUGAAUCGCAUUUCAUCACCGAUCUGCUUCCGACGAUUGCUCGCUUGUAUUUUGAGCAGCGUCUUCCUGCAGAACUGAAAUUGGCCGUGACCCAAUCAGCUAUCAUUCUUGCUCGCGGACUUCAGCAUAAGAAUUUCGACGAAAUUGUCAAAGAACUUGAUUUGCCGAUUAAUCAGGUAUUUGCUCUUCUCACCAAAGCUGUUCGUCGAAUUAGCGAUCAUUUUGACGAGUUGUGCGAAAACGCUUUGAAAAAUGAAAUGAAUAAGGAAACGGCCGAAAAUGCUAAUAGUGCUCAGAAUUCGCUAACCAACGCCAAGCCAUUGGCGAUUUCGUUGGAUGACGAACUCGAGAAUGCCGCCAGAGAGAUCAAAAAUCGACAAGAACGCGAUCGGAAGGCUCUUCUUGCGGAACUCAGUGGAGAAUUGAAAAAGUAUGAAAUCACGACGGAUCAGAAGGAACUCGAAGAAGCGUUUGAACAAGGAGGAAUGAAAUACGCAUCGAAGCUUGUCAGCGUAAAGAGUAAAAGAACCGCAAAUCAAGCCGAAAUUCCUGACACUCCCGAUCCAUUGGGAAAACGAUUGAAGAAGAAGAAAACAAAGUCUGUACAUUAA